GAGGUACAUAUUCAGCCAAAAGAAUGGAUGCAACGUUCACGUACUGUUUGUAUGCUUGUUUUCUCUGGAGUGUCUGGAGUGUUGAAAACAUUUCUCCUUGACAUCGGAUAAACAAAGCACUGGGACAUAAAAAAAUCUUGGUUGCUAGUAUACAGACUUACAACUACUUUUUUCUUAAUUUUUCACCGACACAACGAAGAGGAUUUAUAAUGUAAAAGUUGAAUUCUUAAGUGUCCCAUACGCACUUAAAGUAUCCAGUCGAUGUGUGCGCUGGCUCGGCGUGAUUAGCACUUUUUAUGGUUGCUUUGUGCCUGGAUGUCGAGUGGCUCGCAGCUGCAAACUACUCUGAAAAGAGGAGAAAACUACGUCCUUAUAACAUCUCAGCUCAUAGAACAGUGCUCGGUUUUUAAAAGGGCAAAGCAGCCUCGCAACGACAGAGCAGAUGUUAGCUUUGAGCUGGCUGGAGCUAGCUGGCUAGUACAGCAGCGGUCAGUGUAUGGAUACGCAGAGACAAGUCUUGACUCUCUCCCACGCAGGCAAGCAGUUUUUGUUCACUAUCACGUAUAUAAUUUUGAAACUGCUAUUGACAAAUUGCAGACAGAAGCGAUAUUUACACUAAAACUAUCAUAUGAGCUGACCUCAGACUUAAUGGUUGGGUUUUGUGUGGCCUGUAACGUUAAAUAGGAGCUAGCAAAGUGGCCUACAGAAAGAUAACGCCUACAUUGUUAGUCACGCUGCUGGUUUCCCAUAACGAUGACUGAUCGAUGGAUGCUGAGGCUGCCAGCUCCUUCACUGAUGUUAGAAUAUAUCGCAAGUAACCUGUAAAACACGUAUGUUUGAUUGUGUUAUAUCCACAAGAGGCAUUUAUUCCCAUAUACAUCAGAAACACAAUAUAGACAUGUAGAUAUAAAAAGCAAACUGAUAUUCGUUAUUUUUCAACAUCUAUCAUAGUAUUCAAAUGCAAGCUUUAAGGUAUUUACAAACUGCUGCACCGCACAGUGUAAAGUUUUACAUUCUCUUUAAAGUCAUGCUCUUAGAGAGGGGAUGUGAUGGAUUCACUUCUUAGAAAGGCUCUUCUUUGAGGACAAAAAAGUACUGGCAGGGGAAAAAAUCAUUCAGACCAUUUUUUGCUUUUAUACUUAAAAAAAAAAAGUUUUAAGAAUAUUUUGAUUUAAGAUCAUAAUGAACUAUUCAGAGUCUCAGAAAUGUUUAGUAGUAGAUAUCACCAUCAUUAAAAGUGACUGUACACAUGUUUCUCUAUGGCCAUCCCCCAAAGCUAGUUAAAUUAGGGUUGGUUUUAAAGUUUUCUUUUUUUAAGUGAUUAAUUUGCCAAUAACUAAUUUUUAUAUCUGGGCAACCCUGGGGUCUGGCAGCUGUGAGUCAAGUUAUUAGCUGGUCCAUGAAAUACGUCUGGCUGUUUUCCUCUGAUAAAAACUUGGGCUGGAUGUGAGAUGUAUUUGUCCAUUAAACAGCCUACUGAAGCCAAGAUAGUUUUCAGACUUUAUUUUCCAUGAUCCCACUGAGGUCAGCUGCUUUUAAGUAUGGAUAAAAAAGUGUAGUUAUGACUAUGAUAAAUGUCUAUUGUGCUCUUAUUAAAGUUUUCUGUCUUGCAGUAAUAAAAGGCAGAGAAGUCUGUCCCAGCUGUUGUGAUGUUAUGUUUUGUUGUAUUAAUGCACCUCACUGAGUUUUCAGUUAUGUUUUUUUUUUUUUUUUUUUGUCAUUGUUGUAUCCACAGAUCCUGACAUGGGGAGUAAAAUGUCCUUUGGAAGAGGAAGCAGUGACCAAAGUGCAGUCUCUGAGUUAACUCCUGUUACAUCACAGCCUCGAAACUCUGUUCAUGACCCUCCAGACUGCAAGCAGGUAGCUUAUGAGAAAGAUGUUUAGAUGUAUAAUGAAAACUUUAAUUUGGCUCAGUUUUCAAAAAAGCUUGCAAAGAGAUUUUUAAUGCAUCUUAUAUUUAAAAACAAGCAAACCAAAAAGACAUUAGUAUGAUGUUGUUUCAGGAGGAAAUGGCACUUGUUUUGUCUGCAUUGUUUCAGAUCUGUUUACUGUCUUAACUAGCUGUCAUUUUCUGCCAAUGAAAAACCUUAGCGAUAAUUUAAUUUGAGGAAGUCUGGAGAAAUUUUGUAUGAGAUAAAAGUGUUCAUUGUGUUCAAACAAAAGCUUGUGAAUAGUAGAACCAGAGAAAUCACAGUUUUUCAGUGGUUCCUUAAUAUAUUCCAGUGCUGUCAAAAAUUUAGAAGUUGCUCAUAUAUUUUAGGACACGCUGAUGUAUUCUUUUUUUUUACUCAUACUGGUCCAUCAUCACUCAAAGCUCAAUAAUUUGUCUUUAACGUGAUAGUACUGUUAGUUUCUGUUUUGAAGGAUGACUUAUUUAAUAUUUUUGUAGCGUCUCAUUACAAUACGAGUGACAGAUGUAUUAAUUUUUUCUUCGACAGAUAUCUGAAGACAAAAGUUGUGGAGAAGAGGACCUGACCUCCUGCAGGCAAGAGGAGAUGAAAGUGAAAGGACUCAAUGAAUCUGCACCUGAAUCCCACUCAUCAGGUCAUUCAGAAUCUGAUGGCCUUCUUGACCCUGAAACAGUAGGCAGCGUUAAGAGUGACGGGAUUGAGCACACAAUGCCAGAGGUAGGGAUGGAGGCUAAUACUCAAAUGACAUCUGCAGAUGUGUGUAGCUCCACAACAGACAGCCCGGGACAACCUGUAAAGGCUCGCAGAAAACGAGGCCGUCCUCGCAAAAUUAGACACAUGCAAAAUGUAAACCAAAAUAGUGGGGCUCCUGCUGUUUUUGAUGCAGUCCAACACAAGGAAAUCAGCACAACAAUUCCUUUACCAACACUCUUCGAGAACCACACUAGUGGCGAUGUGCCUAACCUUGCAGAGGGUCCAUUACUCAGUAAUCUAGCUCACAACGAAGAGGCUGGACCUCAAACUGUCCCUGAAUGUAAAGUAGAGGAUGGUGUGCUUGUGCUGCCAAAAAGGGGAAGAGGAAGACCAAAAAAAGGUCAAAGUGAAGGUGUCUCACCCAAGGCUGCUGCUGUUAAAAGGCCUCGUGUCAACAAAGUAAGUGGACCUGGACGGGUACUAAGGAGUAGAGGAGAGAAACAUCCUUCAACACCGGAUGGAGAGACUAAAUCUGAUAUCAAGGUAGACCCCAUGCAAACUGCCAAGAUUCUCAUAGAAAGUAGUGAUACAUUUAACUUUCAAGAUAUAAAGAGACGAGGGGCUGAACUGGCUGAUCAGCAAAUUCCAGCUAAAGUGUCCAGGCUAGAUGUUUCCCAGGAGGUCUCGGCAGUGUUGAGCAAUGAUACAUGCUGUAGGGAGAAAAGAGAGACGGAUAAGCAGGUAGAAUUAAACACUGAAACCCCUGAGACUGAUACAGAUAGAAAGGGCAGCCAGGGAUCACCGAAGCCUGACAAAGAGCAGCAGGCAGAACUAGAGGAAAGCGUGUCGUCACAAAGAAAUCUGCAGCCAUCCUCCAUGCAGUUAGCUGAGCCGGAAGUUAUUCCCUCAGAGAGCCCCCGCAGAAAAAACUCGCCAAGUCCCGUUCACAAUGACAAAAUAAAACCGUCUUCAGAUGAGAGUGGCAGCCAGAUAUCGCAAUCGAACAGCAUGCUUGAAUCUACAGAGAACACAAACUUGCAGAACUCAGGGCCCUCCAGUGCAGAAGUCAUAACAUCAGUCAGACAAUCACCUAAGACUGUCAGAGACCUCCCUGAAGUGAAAGCCGAAAACAUGGAGAUAGAGCUGAAUUCGGUGGCACAGUCAAAUACCACUAAAUCCAUACAAUACGCUGCCUUCCCUCCAGUUCAGUCUGAGAAUCCAAACAGUCAUAGAAACUUCAUGAGACGCAAGAAAGGUGCCAAGAGAAGGAGGAGAGUGAGUAAUGUAUUCAUACCAAGAGUAGAUCCAGCAGAAGUCCAUGAGGGCAGUGGUGAAGCUCAGCCAAAAGCAGACCCUGAGAAGAUGGAGGGGCAGGAAGUCCCAAAUAAUGUUACAAAUUUCACCUACAUUAAACGAGGGGGGAAAACUCUGUUGAAAUGUGGUUAUUGUGGGCAAACGUGUAAAUUUCUCUCUCAGCUCAUCAUCCACCAGCGUAUUCAUACAGGAGAAAGACCCUUCAAAUGCCCUGAAUGUGGCAGAGGUUUCAGCAAAAACUCUAACCUGAAUCUUCACCUUAAGGUGCACCAGAAGAAUGACUCGUAUCAGAAGUGUCAGAUUUGCAACGGCAGAAUCCUCACUUCUGAGUAUGCCGCUCAUAUGAGCAGUCAUGCAAAUGUGCUGGAUCAGGACCCUGAGAUCAACAAACCUGAAGUUCCCAGCACAGAGACCAACCAUGACAACAGUCCUGGACUUCAGGGACCAGUUCCCAAGGAAAAAAGAGGGGACAAAGUGUGUGAGUACUGUGGCAAAACAUUCCCAUUUCAGUCUGCUCUCAUCAGACACGUACGUGUUCACACCGGGGAGAAGCCUUUUAAAUGUGACAUAUGCGGCAAAGCUUUUGGUCAGUCCUAUUUCCUGCGUGUUCAUGAGCUGACACACUGGUCCGUGAAGCGUUAUAACUGCACACGUUGUGAAAAAUCCUUCAGUCACUACAGCAAUGCAAAAAAUCACACUUGUGUUGAAGACAGAGGUAAUGACUGCCAGCCCAACAGACGUGGAAAGCCUUCACUUACAUACACAUGCCACAUCUGCAAGAAUGUGUUUGACCACCUGCAGGAGUUUAACAGCCACAUGAAGGCGCACAGUGGUGCAGAGCUAUAUCGCUGCUUACACUGUGACAAGCUCUUUGGUUUGCUGUCCGAGUACAAUGCCCAUCGUAGUCAGUGCAGAGGUGAGAGAAGCACCUCCAGCUCUGCAAUAAAAGAGGAGGAGACACUGACCUUAAUACAGUACGCAGUGCCUACAGGUAGGUUUUCAUUGGGACAAAACAUCUCGUCCUCUCACGUAGCAGCAAAUGGUGAAACGCAGAGAAAACCGCCGAAGACCAGCCGUAAGAAAGCCAACUUAAAAAAACCGUUCCAGUCAACUGUCAUACCUGCUCACCAUAUCCCACACUUUGUGUCAAAGUUAAACAAACUGGACAACCGCUCAGAUCCCAGGAAGUAUUUGUGUCCAAGUUGUGGGAGACUCUUCAGACACAUGGGGAGACUUCGAGCUCACAUGCUCACUCAUGCCCCAGCUAAAAGUUACACCUGUGCUUGCUGUGGUAAGACUCUCGCGAACUGGAGGAAACUCUGGCACCACCAGAGAAUUCAUCGACAGAGGCACGGCCGCUUCACUUGUCCACAGUGUGGGCAAGGUUUUCGUUUCGUGGAGCUGUACAAGCAGCACAUGAGCCAGCACCCAGAAUACCGGUGGGUUCAGGUCAGGACGAGGAAAGUCUCCCUGCCUUAUCAGUGUGAGCAGUGCAGGUGCAGCUUUAGGACCCUAGAUCUACUCUUUAGUCACCAGCUUUGUCAUUCCUCAGUGCAAGACAUGCAUAAGAUCUCUGAUUAUGAUUUCUCCAUGGAUGAUCAUACUAUACAGUUAAACAGAAAAAUGUUGAAUCCUCCUCUAAAUAACCACAUGGCUGCAUUACAUACAGGAUCUGAGCACAGCUACUCUCCUCUGACCACCUCCUCUAAGUUUCUAGAUCCAACUAUCCAACAGCCGUCUCGAGUGAAUAUGGUUUCUUUUGUCCACAAUCAGGGAGCUGCGUCGAGUAAAACUCCUCAACCAAGAGAAAACAAUUGUGAUAGAAUGGUUGAAAACACACUCAGAAAACCCAUUACGCCACUGAGGACUGUGAAAAGGUGUAGGACCCAAGGUGUGAGCACAUCAAGUGAAGGGUCUUCAGAGGGCUUGAAGUGUGCGGUUUGUGGCAACGCAUAUCCCGCCAUUUCAGACCUUUAUCAACACUAUUUGCAGCAUGCUCGAUGCCAGGUGUGAUUUACUGAAUCACCUCUCACUCAGCUUUCUCUACACCAACUUUUUUUUUUACCAUGUUAACACAGGGGUUUUGUAGCCCAAGCUUAAAAUGUGGAAUCAGUCAAUUUUCCAAAAAAGGUUUAUAGUCUUGAAACUCCUCAAAAACAAUAUUAAGGUUUGCUCAACUUUAUGUAUUCAGUUUUCAGACUCAAAAUAACACGUUGAAUGUAGAAAAUAAAGGGAAACAAAUUCCAUUUUUCUUCAUGCAGAACCAUCUGAUCACAUUUCUGUAUUCUCUAUUCCUUUUAAAAAGAACAGAGAGGUGAAUUAGACAGAGAAGAGACUAUUUUGGAUUCAAUAUGGCUGAAAAUACACCUUUGUUAAAUGACUGAUCUUAUACUUUGAUAAAACAUAAAUAUACAAGUGAAAUUACCACUGUGCCCUCAUUUAUUUUUGUUGCCUUCAUUACAUAUCCAUAUUUUUUUGGAUGAAAGAAAAUCAACAAAUUUGACUACAAAACUCCUUCAUACUUCCGACACUUUUUUAGUCAAAGUGACAAGAAAUAUUGCAAUGCACUAACACAAUGCCGUAGUAUGACUGAGUAAUGAAACAGGCAUUUAGUUUUUCAAAUUUCAACUGCUACAGUAAAAAUUGAAAUCAUGGAUGCUAAGACUUGCUUAUUUCUGGUCCGUGAACUUGACUUGCAUCACCUUGUAUUCAGUUUUUCAAGUGAAAAUCCGUUUUUCUUUUCAUGCACUUGUCUUGUAAAGAGUUCAGUCUGUUGUACACGGGUGAUGUGACAGCCAAAUCCAAGUGAUGUGGAAUUGUCUCCAAGUGCAACAGAAGUGUUCAGCACUUGUUAUUGUUUACCUUUGAAAACCUAACAUUUUCGUCCUUCAGUGUCAGACUUGUUUGAAAUAUGAACACUUUUAAAGGAGGUUUCCUUGUUGUACAUGACUUGAUGCCAUAGUUUGUCUUCAAUAAAGCUCACUUUUGUAUCAAUAUGUGGUCAUAAGCCAUUUUUUAACACCCCAAAUUUUUUUUGAAAACCGCAAGAUCUUGGAAUAAAGAUCAAUUUUAAGAAUAUUUUAAC